AUGAACUCCAGCCUUGUCAACUCUUUAGCCAAAGUCUAUGAUCCGAACCCUCUUCACGGUCAGAAGCCUGGUGGAAGGAAGCUCUCUUUUAAUGGAUCCCAAGCUUCAUCAUCAUCACCUUCCUCCACUCAUGAUGCCCUGCGCUGCGUGGAGAGCAGAAUGGACUCGCUGAGCUCUCAGAUGGAGCGUUUGCUCAACAUGCAGCAGACCGUCUUGACCCGGCUGGAUGGCCUGACCCAGGACGUCAGGUAUAUGGGUCAGGAUCUGGCCUCCAUGCGUGGAGAAGGCCACAAAGGGAGAUGUGAGUCUGGGGUGGAGGCGGCGUGCAGAGAGCUGUGUGGGGCCGUGGAGAGGGCCAGCGAGCGGAUGGAGAGUCAGGGACGCAGGCUGGAUGGGGUGGAGAGGCUGGUGGAGGGCACCCAGCAGGUGAUCAGCUACAUUGGGGAGGUGGUGAAGAGCUCCAGGCUGGUGGAGCUGCUGUUUAAUCAGCGUGGAAAGAAGGCUAAAAAGAAGGCAAAUGAUGACAAGGAUAAAGCCAAACUGAGCCUGAAGGGCUUGAAGGCCCAGAAGAAGAGGAGACCUGCAGACACGUCAGACACGUCCUCGCUGAAUGAGCCUGUGCUGCAGGAAGAGGUGGAAAAGCUCAACAGGCAGAACACGGAGCAUUCCCAUGGAAAAGCAGAGGCUGACAAUCAAAGGGGGGAGGACAGAACACAGGAGCCGGCGGAGCUGAUCCUGGACGGACAACACACCUCUGUCGGCCUGUCAGAGGACAGGAAGGAAGCACCCGGGGAGAAAGAGGAGGGAGGGGAGGGGGAAGUCUUUGAGGACUCGGCAUCAGAGGAAGAGGAGGAAAAGGUCGAUGAUGUUAGUCCAGAGCAAGAUGGCAAAGUGGAGGAUGAUGGGAAGAAAAAGCAUAAUGGAGAGGCAGCAGAGUCGUCAAAUCUGGAAAAAGUCCCUAGUAUCAUCACAGAUAUCUGCAAGACUCCUCUACUACCACAGGAAAGCUCUGAGGAGGUCGGCGAUGUGGCCACUUGCAGCAAACGUCGUGUCACAGAAGAAGACCUGGUGAAGGACGACCUGAAGAAGAGCAGAGUGGAAGACAGCGAGGUGGAAAGUGCUGAUGGACAGGUGGUGGAGGUGGUGGAGGUGGGCGAGCCUCAGGCCUCCAAAUCUGACGAAGUAAAGACAGAGGCGGAAGAGGAGGGGAAGGAGGAGGGAGAGCCAACCGUCAAGGAAUUUGUUAUUGACUCAAGCCCUCCACCGUUAGCACCCUUCGACCACCGCAUCGUGACUCCCAAACCCCAUCAGAUAGCCAACUAUUACACUAUCAACAGAGACGAGGUCCUGGGAGGGGGACGUUUUGGACAAGUCCACAAGUGCAUGGAGAACUCGUCCGGUCUGACGUUGGCAGCUAAGAUCAUCAAAGCCAGGAGCCCGAAAGAGAAGGACGUGGUGAGGAAUGAGAUCCAGGUGAUGAACCAGCUGAACCACGCCAACCUCAUCCAGCUGUACGCCGCCUUUGAGUCACGCAAUGACAUCAUCCUGGUCAUGGAAUAUGUGGAGGGAGGGGAGCUGUUUGACCGCAUCAUUGAUGAGAACUACAACCUGACAGAACUGGACACGGUGCUGUUUAUACGCCAGAUCUGUGAAGGGCUGCAGUACAUGCACAAGAUGUACAUCCUGCAUCUUGACCUCAAGCCAGAGAACAUUCUUUGUGUCAGCAGAGCCACUAACAAGAUUAAAAUCAUUGACUUCGGCCUGGCAAGGAGGUAUAAACCGAGGGAGAAGCUGAGGGUCAACUUUGGAACACCUGAAUUUUUAGCUCCAGAGGUCAUCAACUAUGAGUUUGUUUCAUUCCCCACAGACAUGUGGAGCCUCGGUGUCAUCACCUACAUGCUGCUCAGUGGCUUGUCUCCAUUUCUGGGGGACGACGACAACGAGACGCUGAACAACAUCCUGGCCUGUCAGUGGAACUUUGAGGAGGAGGAGUUCACGGACAUCUCUGACGAGGCCAAAGACUUCAUCACACUUCUGCUGGUGAAGAGCAAGAGCUGGAGGAUGAGUGCAGCAGAGUCCCUCAGACACCCCUGGCUGUCAGACCGGAAUCUGCACUAUCGACUUAAGCAGAAGCAAAACAAGUGCCACUCCACACAUGCUCCUUCUCCAGAGAGCUAGGCAGAAACACUGUGAGGCCCUCAGCAUGCCCCUUGACAAUGUAGAGCUCUGGAGCUCAACACUGGACCAAUGCUGCUGUACCUGUAUGGCUACUGGAUAAACUACUCUGGCAUCCUCAUGUUUGCUUCGCUCCAACAGCUUGUCGUUCUGACCCCAAUAGUGCAAGUCCCGCAGGAGGAAAACAGACUUUUUCAUGCUUCUGUCGAGGCACAAAGCGUCUGCUAGCAUGCUUACUGUCCUGUAGAGCAGAUAUUCUCAACCUUGGGGUCCCGACCCCAAUUGGGGUCGCAAGAUGAUUUCUGGGGGUCGCCAAAUCAUUUUGGAAGUCAGCUC